AUUUUUUAGUCGUUUGAAAGCUGAGCAAUGGAGACGAAGUUCGUGGUCAUAACUUUUCUAAUAAGCUACGUACUAUCCCAAUCGAAUGCCGAUUGUGUCAAUAAACCAAUUGUGGAUGGUAAUUGCGACCAGAUAAUCAAAGGAUUUACUUUUGCAAACGAAGAGAGCCAAUGCAAAAUGUUUAGAACAAAGGGUUGCACAGUGGGCGGAAAUUACUUCCGUUCCAGAGAAGAGUGCGAGCUCAAAUGCAAAGGAUAUAUAAAUUGACCACUGUCUGGUUUCGAAAGCUUCGGAAUCGGAAAUUGGGAAGAAAGUGUAAUCGAUGACUACUGGGUGAAUGGUUCGCAAGAAAGCGAAGUCGAAAGCAUCUCGAAUAGAGGAUCGAAAAAACCAACUCUUAGGCAGAAUAUCUAGAAGAAGCUUGAACUGAUUAUAUCGAUGAAUACUUGAUAGUUUAUUAAAAUGGUGGUAGCCUUUUGAAAUACACCUCGACCAAUUUGAAUCUUCGGCUCCAAAGUAAACUACCUAAUAAAUUUAAAAUUUACCUAUAUAA